GAAGCACGCAGUCAAUGCCAGUUCGGUUGGAUUUUCGCUGCUCACUGUGUGUCUUCAGGAGGACAUAUCGUCUGAUCAGCCUCCGCCAGACGUGACAGUCGUCUAUUCAGCCAGGCUGCCCACCAUGGACGUUAACGAGUUUUUCGCCGUUAUGUCGCUCUCUAAAUCUGCUGCUACUUCCGCGAACAGCUCAUCACGGGCCUGCCUGGCCGCAUGCAGGGCUCUCAUCGCCGCUAAGGACUCUCAUGAGUUCUGCGUGGUCUGCUUGGGCCUCAAACAUGCAGAAGAGGCUUUGGAGAACUCGGAGCAUUGCAGCCAUUGCCUUAUGCUGCCGAAAAAGCUCCUGAGGCGUCGACUCAAAGUUUCCGCUACGCAGUGUAUCGAGCUCGGCCUUUCUGACUCGGAUGGGGGACACGGUGAUGGCGAUGCGCCUCUGGGGGCCUCCCGGGGCACGACAUCGCUUAAUUGGGCUGACCUGCCUAAUCCUGCGUUCCCCGAAGAGGAUAUUUUCGCGGGCAACCUCCUGUUCACGACGAACCAGCUGGGUCCGGCGAUGAAGACGACGCGGGCCUUCUUGGGGUCUCAGAGGACGAGGAAGCCAAUCCCGCUCUCUGGUGUUCCCCAGGUUAACCCAGCCGCGGCCGUACCACAGUCCAUCCUCCUGGAGCAGCCGCUCGCCUUAACAUUGAGUGGCCGGCUCCGCAGAGUGCCACCGACCAGGAGAGGGAUAUGUAUAAUGGGAAAGUGCAGGGACCCCAGCCCGAGAAAACAACUCUUCCCCGUCCUACCAGCGUGCACGAAGCACAUGAGGCACUACUGGAGCGACCCGCUGAAUCUCAAACACGGUCUCGCGGGUCUGGAGGUCAAAGGCAUUGCAACUCUCGGCUUGGGUGAUCCCCUGUUGUCGAGCCGUCGAUCGCCAGGCAUCUUAAUCCCGUCCAGGGCGGGCUGCUCCGCCCCCCCGAAGCCGGUCUUGCCUGGCAAAAUGGACCGUUUUUAUGCCUCCGUUCAUCAGGCCGCUUAUAAUGUGUAAACCUCACUCCUCGAGCUCAAGAGGCGCUCUAGCGACCAGUGUUGGGGGUAACGCGUUACAAGUAACGUGCGUUAUGUAAUAAGAGUACUUUUUAAGUAACAAGUAAUGUAAGGCAGUUACUUUCUAAAUUUACAUAUCGAUACUCGAGUUACUUUGUUUUUCAAGUAACUCGAGUUACUUUUCAGUCUAAUCAUUGAUUUAUAUGAACAUUUUUUUAACUGCAGAAGUGAAAUUCUGAAUUCAUGCUUGCGCAGAAAUAGUCGCUAGUCAGACAUAGGCAGUGUUGCCAUGUCUGCAGUGCUGCAGUGUUCCGGCUUCGAUUUUGUUACGCAAAUCUGGCAACCGUUGACACAGCGAUGGGAGGCCAGAGCUCAGAUGCGGAGCUAUAGUGUGGCCGCACUCGCCACCAUGGACAAAAUGCCUGCAAAUGCCGGUCAUGCUCAAUAGAUAAUUUUCAGAUCGUGAAAUUAGUGCGAGUCACGAGUCGCAACAGCAAGCAAUUGUCCUGCAAAUGCCAGUUAUGUUUGGAAGAUAACUUUCAGAUUGUGAAAUUAGCGCAAGUCAUGACACGCAACAGCAAUCAAUGGUCUCAUGCCUCGUGAAUGUAAAGAUAAGCUGUGUUCGACUGUUUGUGGCGCCACACGCUCAGACAGAUAUGCAGAUUUAAAUGGGCAUGGUCACUGUUAGAAGAAGGGUUGGGGAGUGGGCGGAGCACGGGAGAAAGAGAGGAAACAACUGUCAUCUGUUAGUCUCCUCACCAAAUACCAGCAUAUACAACAUAAUAUGUUAAAUGUAAUUUUCCCCUCAAAAUAAUAUUAUAUAAUAUUAGUAAUAUAUUAUAUGUUAGAUUAAUUAUAAUUUCGUAUAACACUAUCGAGUUGUUUUGGCUCAACAAAGUGCUCAGCAAUGCAAAGAGGAUCUGUCAUAUCGCUUAUAUAUUACUUAAAAAAAACAACAACAACAAAAAAAACACCCAUAUUUGCAGGCCCAAAAUCCUCCUUUUCCCACACAGUGUUAUACGACUGGAAACUACUCUGCCGUCCCAAAAGCUCACCGGCGCCAUCUUGUGCAACUAGCCGCGCUGUCAAAACACAAUAAAUAUGGAGAGUGACACCGAAGUUAGCAGUGUCAACAGUAGGCAGAGCUCUGAUGAGGUGGAGGACUACUGGUGAGGAAAUAUUUGAAAUGUGUGUUUUAAAGAAAAUAAAGGUGUGUUAUAGGCUAUAUAGGAAUGUUAAAUGCAUUACAGUGUUAAACACUAAAGAACAGCAAAGUCUGGAAAAGCGUGAGCACCAGUUAGGUGAGAAAAAGUAAUGCAAAAGUAACGCAAAAGUACUUUUAGUUACUUUCCAUAAAAAGUACCCAAGUGUAACGUAUUUAGUUACCUUUUUAUAGAGUAACUCAAUAUUGUAACUAGUUACUUUUAGAAGUAACUUUCCCCAACACUGCUAGCGACAGACGCUAGAGGCUGUGGUCUUUAGCCUCCUCGUUAGAACGCCCGACUCCCAUGCCGGAUCGACCCUGUUCGACCCAAUGCCAUUACAGCACUAAGAAGAGCCAGGAUAUUAUUAAUUUUAAACUGACUCAGAUUGUGUUGAGCCAAAGAAAGAAAGUCAUAUACCUCUACACCUACAGGAUGGCAUGAGGAUGAAUAAGUUAUUACUUAAAUAAAAAAAAAUGCGUGAACUAUUUCUUUAGUCUUGGUGAUUGUUUGCUGUUUUAUUGUUUGUUUAUCCAGUUGCUUAGAAAAGUAAGUGCUAGUUUGCCUUAAACAAUAGAGUUUGGUAUAUCAGUCAUAUAUGUAGGCUAUGAGAUACGUACUGUACCAAGGUUUAUCCUGGGAGAGAAGAAAAACUUUUAACAUUGAAAAAGUUAUACAUCACCUUAAAGCUAAGAUAAUUUUAUUCAUUAGCAUUUUAUCUGAUUCUGACUCACACGUGUGCAUUUUAUUCAUAGCCUCUUACCCAGAACCUUAUGUGCACGCUGUGUCAGAGUGCCUCAUGAAUGCUGCAUUAGGUACAAAGUCAUAUUUGAUCAAAGCUUUAUCUUUGCCCACAGUAACAAGCCACCUAAUCCGCAAAAUGAAUAUCCGCAAUGUAAUUUUCAACUCAGGUAAUCUCUAAUGUUUCGUUGCAUUUAUGGAAAGGUAAUCAGCAGUAUAGCCUCCUCGAUUUAUGUACAUUGAAGACUUUCAUGUCUGUGUAACUAGCUUUGUAGUUUAUUUGGAUCCUGGAUAAUUUCUGUUCCACUAGCAUCUCCAAAAAUGAUUUAGUUUCUUGAACACUCCUUGUUUAUGCUUUUCAUGGAAAUCAACCUACAAAUGUGACCCUGGAUCACAAAACCAGUCUAAAGUAGCACGGGAACAUUUUUAGUAAAAGACAAAAAUACAUUGUGUGGGUCAAAAUUAUUGAUUUUUCUUUUAUGUCAAAAAUCAUUAGGAUAUUAAGUAAAGAUCAUGUUCCGUGAAGAUAUUUUGUAAAUUUCCUACCUUAAAUAUAUAAAAACUUUAUUUUUGUGAGUGGAUGGUCUGCCACAGUGCCCCUGAUUAACAACUUCAAAGGCAAUUUUCUCAAUAUUUUGAUUUUUUUGCACUCUCAGAUUCCAGAGUUUUAAACGGUUGUAUCUCAGCCAGAUAUUGUCCUAUUCUAACAACUCAUAUAUCUAUAGAAAGUUUAUUUAUUCAGCUUUCAGAUUAUGUAAAAAUCUCAAUUUCGAAAAAUUGACCCAUAAGACUGGUUUUGUUGUCCAAGGUCACAAAUGGUUUACUCUGCAUAUUACAUGGGAAUCGGAGAACACAUUGUAACAUAAAACAUGACACAGUUGAACUGUGAAUGCAUUUUUUGUCUCUUUCUCUUUGCUGCAUCUAGUUUGCUUUCUCCUGCUUUUUCUGUUAGUUUUUUUCCAGCAACAACCUUUACAUAUUCCUGCUUGUCCUGUCUACUCUUCAGUUGCUAAUACACCCUAUGUUGAGCCAUCCAUCGCUCAUUUUUAUUUACUGUCUUACAUCAUGAGGACACAGCACUUU